UCAAGUAAAGUGUUACCCACAAUGCUUUGCAUUAAGUUUGUUAUCAUCUAACUUUUUUCAAUCACACUGUUAACAAAUAAUUAUAGAAAUACCGGAUAAAACUAUACAUUUGUUUUGAAAUCAGAUUUCAGAUUUUACAUGAUUACUGGAACAAAAAAGCAGGUUUGACCAUGAGUUUGUCAGCCAUUACCUUUCUGGCAGCUGUCUACCUGGCCCUCAUACCCCAAACUACCCAGUCAUGCACCAGAGGCUCCCCUCGCGAGUGCAAAGAGGCCGAGUUUGCUCCAGGAUCCAACCUGGCCGGUGAAGGCUUCGACAUCACCAAGAUGCAGCGCAAGGGAGCCUUUGUCAUCGACAUGAACCUAUGGAGACGUGAAAACAACACCUGCAUGCUGUGCAGGAACCCGUAUCAAGAGGGCAAGAUGCAGAAAGUCCCAGCAGCUGUGGUGGACUGGAGACCCAGUCAGAAAUGCAGCAUGAAGGUGGCCAGCUCACUGUACCAGUCCAGUGAGUCCCUGGUCAGUUCCAGUGCGUCCAGUGUGGAGAACAACUGGAAAGUUGGUUUGAAUUUAGGAUCUGCAUCUCUGAUGCUUGCUGGCACUAACUCCAAGUUGUCUGAGUACUCAAUGGAGAAGACAAAAAGGGAUAAAUUCACAUUUUCCCAACAGAAGAUGUCAUGUAGCUACUACAGCUACCGAGUCUCCAACCAACCCCGACUACACCCCGAGUUUCAGUCUGCCAUUAAUCAACUUUCAAAGAAAUACACCAGGAAGACCAAGCACGCUUUCUACAAACUUAUCAAUAACUUUGGCACCCAUUUCAUACCUAAAGUGACUCUGGGCGGGAUGGUACAGUCGGUGACCAGCAUUAGGCAGUGUAUGGCCUCUUUACAGGGCCUGAGCUCAGACGAGAUCAAGAUGUGUCUCGACGUGGAGGCUGAAGCCAGUAUUGCAGGAAGAGGCACAGCAAGGGCUGAGACGAAGCACUGUCAGGAGGCGAAGGACAAGAUAGAGAGCAAGAACAGCUUCUCCAGCAGCUUCAGUGACAGGUUCACAGAGGUCUUUGGUGGUCACACCACUGAACCUGACCUUCUCUUCUCUGCAGACAAAGACCCGGCCGCCUACAAGGAGUGGCUCUCCUCCCUGCCACUCAACCCCGACAUGAUCUCCUAUUCACUGGCUCCCCUUCACGAGUUGCUGUCCCCUAACCUUCCAGUGAGAAAAGAACUACGCAAAGCAAUUAAGCAUUACAUUUUAGAGAGUGGACUUUGGCAGAACUGCUCUGAGCCCUGCAAGUCUGGUGUCAAAAGAAACCCAAAGGAGUCCUGUGUUUGCAGUUGCCAUGGUGAUCCUGGUGUAGGUAGUGACUGUUGUCCUGUUAAACGCGGUCUCGCACGGGUCAUUAUCACUGCAGUGAGGGCCUCUGGGUUGUGGGGCGACACCACCUCAGCUACAGAUGCUUACGUGAAGGUCUUCAACUCUCAGAACAUGCAACUGGCACGAACCCCUGUGAUUUGGAACAACAACUCACCUCAGUGGAACAUGGCCUUUGAUAUCGGUGAUGUCAUUCUCUCUCAGACCAGCAUGGUGAAGUUCGAGGUGUGGGACGAGGACAGCAAGUGGGAUGACGACCUGCUUGGAACUUGCACAGUGGAUCUCAAGGAAGGAACAAAGGAGGAUGUGUGUCGCCUGAACCACGGAAUGUUCUACUACAAACUCCAGGUGGUCUGUGGUCCAAGCCUGAGUGGCAAGUCCUGCUCUGAGUACGUGAGCUCUCCCAUGAACAGUCACCUGGAGAGGCUGUAUGUGUCUCGUCAUGCCCGACCCGUACCAAAGGACAUGCUUAAGAAAAUGGGAGUCUUUGGGGAUGAACAUUAGCCCGAUCCUGACUAUCACGUUAAAAACGUGGGGCGGUGGUAGUGUAGUGGUUAAGGAGCUGGGCUAGCGUGCAGUAGCCUGAAAG